AUGAGCCAGCCGCCACCCUUUGACCUGCCCGGUUUCGUCUGGGAUCCAGAGAAGCAGCGCUUUUUCAAGCAGCAAAAAGCACGUCAUUCCAACCAGACGCGGUUUCCAUCUCCCCCACCCGAGCCACGCAUUGAGACGCCAAGACGCGCGCCGCUGGGACAUGUGACAGGGCAUGUUCGGUACGCAUCCACCUCCAAAUACUGUCAGUACCUCAUGACGCGCGCUGUUCAGCACAUGAAAUUAUCACGCACAUACUCGACACAGGCAUGGGUGCUAAAUCAUACAGCUCCGAUCGAACUUAUUCCUUGUAACAGCAGCACACAAUUUUACUCGUAUGCCUUGGCUACCUGCGAUGGGCGCGUCUUUUGCAUUCUAGGCACAAGUCUUCAAGAUGAGCCAUCCUGUCUGUCAACUGGUCCCUAUUUUUCUCGAUCACAGAUUUUGCCACAAGAUAAUGACUACGAACAUCUCGUAUUGCUUUCCUCGGCAUCCCAAACUUGGUAUACCUGCGCGAGCGCAUCACAACUACUUGUAGAGGUAUCCAUGCAUAAGAGAUGGGCUCUCUCCCUCACUUCUACAUGCGACAGCCCAUAUCGGGUCCAGGUAUCUUUCCGAGACCCUUCCAGAAAGCCUCAAGGGGAUCUUCGAUGUAUCGAUGCCGUCGAUCUAGAUGCGUCUCGAGUGCUUAUCGCUAUAGGCGCUGGUCGACAUGUACAUUUAGUACAGGUACGCAUUAUGGCAGAAAAUCAAGCAGAUUGGCACAUGUACACCAAGGAAUACCCAAGCGACGUGAUGUGUGUGUCAAUCCGAUCUUCAGGCGCAUCCGCGUGCGCAGAUGUAUUAUGCGGAUUACGCUCAGGAAGCAUACAUACUAUUCGUUCGGGACCGGAUUAUACGUGGCUGCCAGGAACGACGUUCUCGUUUGUAUCGAAAGGUGCCUUGUGUCAUAUCCAAUGCAUUCAUGAUACCCUAUUCGUGGCAGCAUAUACCAACGGCGACCUAGUGAUGGGCGAUAUAGCGCGCAUGCGCGAUGCACCUCUUCGCUUCUUCAAGGGCCACGUUAAUCAAUUUAUGCAAGGUCUUGGCUUUGAUGUGGACCCCAUCCACCACAUGCUUGCCUGUUCAGGUAGUGAUCAGCGCGUGCGGAUCUGGUCCUUGGAUCACACUGAUCCCGUGUGCAUACUCUCACCACCUGGCGAUCAUGAUCAAUUUCCCCAGCAUGUCCAAUCGCUCGCAUGGAGCCGCGCAUCUGAACGGCCGCUCACGUUGGCCGUCGCAUGUGGUCAUGACGUGCAUAUUUUUGCAUGCGGCCCAACCUAG